AUGUCGCAACAAACGAGCAUGGAUCCAUCACCUGUUGUUGAAGAUCGACCAGGUGCAUCGGAUCUGGACCUCACCUGGGACUCAGAUCCAGAUUACGAUGAAUGUGUAUACUACCAUGAAGGAAGUGAUCUGUACGCCGAAGACGUCGAUGUGGCGGUACUGCCGGAAGUGCCUGUGACGACGGAAGAUGUGAGGAUCAAGGACAUUCAACUAUGUAGAUCUGAUGAUCAGACCCCAGAAGAAAUUGAUCGACUCCGCCAAAGGAUCUGGAAGUUCCGACAUCUCUUGAUCGGCAAGGGGAAUGUCCUUCCGCCGCCUGCUAGAGGUGUGGUGUGCGAUAUCGAUGUCGGGGGAGCGAGACCUAUCGCCCUCAAGUGUCGUAAGUUGCGGAUCCAGUUCAGGGAGAAGUUGGCGGACUUGAUCAAGGGUCUAUUGUCUGCCAAGAUGAUCAAUUACUCUAGAUCACCAUGGGCCUCCCCGAUCGUGGUGAUCAUCAAGAAGAAUGGAGUGGAUAUCAGGCUAUGCAUUGAUUAUCGGCUGGUUAAUACCCUAACGCAGCUGAUGAUCUACCCAAUGCCCUUGAUCAACGACUUACUGGAAGAUCUAGAGUCGACAUUUUUGUUCUGUCCUUUGGAUAUGGAGAUUGGAUUUUGA